AUGGUGGAGGCAUCGGAGGGCCUUUGGCCAACACCCCCCGGGUGUGGUCCUUUUACUCCGAUCUGUUUUGCAGAGAGAAAGAGAAGCGGAGAAGACGAAGGAAUCUUUGACGAAUAUUCUCGUGGGGAAAAUCAUUCCCUCCAAAUUGGUGCUUUCAUUGAGAGCACGAGUUAUACUCAACGCGUGCUCAAGGAAUCCGUUCCUCCUAUUUUCCAAUCCACCGAAGCCUUCCAAACAACCAUGGUUGGAAGCAUGAAGACGAGAGGCAAAACCGCCGCGAUGGCUAAAUCCGCGACGGCCCAAAGCCACUCCGCCCACGAUCCCGCGAUCGACAUGGUGGCCCCACCACCUCUCACCACCGCACCGGCCACCGCCGCCGAACAUGGUGGAACCUCCUAUCAAGGUGGGCUUGUUACCACCGCUGACUUAGGCCCGAUCUUGGAGCAACUUCAAGCGAUCCCUUCAUUGCCUCCACGCUCGACACACGCUCCCGCGCACACCUCCAAUGAAACCCUAGCCCGUGUGCAAUUGGGCUCCACACACUUCUCUCCUCCUGAUCCACGAAGUCAAGCAGACCUUAGUCUGAGAGUUGACCAGCUAGCUCAGAGAAUGGACGACCAAAGCGAUCUGAUGAGGCAACUCCUCCACCAAAUCAGCUUGGCUCAAAACCUUGGCCUUGGACAACUAGGCGAAGAGAGAAGGAUGGACGAACGCACCGGCAGGCAACUCAACGGGUACCCAGCAGGUCAAGCAGGAGUAGGCAGACAAGGCGAGGGACAACAACUUGAUCGGCCUACCGACAUGUCACAAGCAUCCGCGAGCCCCACUCGGAGCAGAUUAAGUUCGAGGAACAACGUGCGCGAGAGGCUAGGCCCACGACUUGACGUCCACGCCCGCUUGGGACCGCAGGGAAAUGUACUUCAAAGGCUAGGCCCCCAGGGAGGACAAUCAGACAACCAUCGCAACGAGGAUCGUGAAGAAAGACGCUCAGCUGUCCACUCGCAGACGAACAUUCACGAGAGGCUACGUCCCCAGGGUGGUCAACCGGAUAAUCCUCACAAUGAGGACCGCGAAGAAAGACGCUCCGCUGCUCACUCACGAAGAGACGGCUCUCGUCGACCAACUACGGAGAAUCUCUCGCAAGCGCAGUCCACCAACACUCCGCCUAGGCAGCGCAGACGAGAAGGUCGACACUCGCAGACCCAGGAGGAGGUCAGUCAACGUCGCCCGAAUCGCGAAGGUCGCCAACGUGAUCGACCAACAAUGUGCAUGGAGGACGUCGAGAAGCUUAUGAAUGACCGACUUCGAGAUCUGAAGACUGGUGGGAACCUCGACGAUGCACUACGCAAGGAGAUCGACCAGGCAAACUCCACACCUUUCACUGCCGAAAUCGAGCAGGCUGCUCCCCCGAAGCGAUUCUCCACGCCUUCGUUUACACACUUCAAAGGGGACUCCGAUCCCGAGAGUCACCUAAAACACUUCAAAAGUGUCAUGAUCCUCCACAAGGCCGACGACGCGUUGAUGUGCAAGGUAUUCGUAGUGACCUUGCGAGGAGCAGCCCAAGAUUGGUUCCACACCCUGCCAUCUGGGUCGAUCAACAGCUUCAAGGAGUUGGCUUACGUCUUCACCAAAGAGUACACCUCUUACCGGACGAUCAAGAAGAACCCUGACCACCUGUACAACCUGCGCAAGAAGUCCGACGAAUCCCUUCGAGAUUACAUCAAGAGAUUCAAAGCAGAAAAGGCCAACAUUGUAGGAUGUGACGACCGGAUCGCAUCAUCUGCUUUCAAGAAAGGCCUCCCAGCUGAACACGACUUGUACCGCGAGCUGACUAUCACUCCCAGCCAGACUCUGGCAGAGGUCUACGCGACCGCGGAACGCUACGCGCUCUGGGAUGACGAUCGAAUCGCCGCAAAAAAGUCUACUAAGCAGGAAGAUCAACCGACUAAGCGGGCAGGUCAAAGAAGCGAUGGAUUUAGCAACAAGAACAAGGAUAGGCGCAGGUCACACCCACAAGGAGACGCUACAGCAGGAGAGAACUACACCAAGUUCACCAUCCCCAUACAUCAAAUCUUAGCCCAAGUGAAAAACAAACCUUGGGUAAGAAGACCGCCACCCUUGAAAGGAGAUCCAGACAAGAGGGAUACAAGCAAAUACUGUGCCUUCCAUGGGACACACGGGCACACUACCAAUAACUGCCUCGCUUGGAAAGCACACCUUGAAGAACUCGUGAAAGAGGGUCACUGCACGGAGUUCAUCGCGAAGCAGGCCAUCCAGCGGAUUGAAGAUCGAGACACCGCCAAGGAACCACCCCAGAAGGUCAUAAGGAUUAACACAAUCCUAGCCGACGCCAAGGAGUCAGGACUGACCAGCAAGGAAAAGAAGAGGAAGAUCAAACAGGCCACUAUGAUCUCCCAAGUCUCGACUGACCUUCCACCAACAGAAGACGAUCCUAUAAUCGGCUUCCAAAAGAAAGAUCUGAUUGGCCUCGACAUGCCACAUAACGAUGCCCUUGUCAUCAGCAUACAAAUCGCUCAGGCCAUGGUCGACCGAAUCCAUGCAGACGAGGGCAGCGCAGCCAAUAUCCUGCAACUGGCUGUCAUCCAGAAGAUGGGCUUGGAGGCAAAGAUCAACAAAUCAGCCAGAUCGCUGACCGGCUUCAAUGGCGCAACAACGGUUACCGUGGGCACAAUAGACCUUGACGUCUACUCCCCACCUGUAGUCUGCUUGCAAACGUUCAUGGUCAUUAAUGAGGUCUCACCCUACAACGGCAUUCUGGGCAGGCCAUGGAUCGGCAUGAUCAACGCCAUCACCUCUGCCACACAUCAGAAAAUUCGGUACCCAAUCCCUGGGGGCGGUGUUGGACAAAUCAACAGCGAUCAGGCAAUGGCGAGGAAAUGCUCCGCCCAAGGGCUGAAGAAAAGCAAGCAAGCGCAGUUCCUCCCAGUAAGCCAGGCAGAUCUGAAGGAGGUGGAACAAUCAAACCUUGCUAUCUUAUAG